CUGCAAAAUGGCGACGAGCACCACCGCCAAUUUAGGCUUUGAGUUAAGCAACCCACCAACAGAUGGGAUAUCAAGCUUGCAAUUCAGUCCAGAAAAUCCUUCGCUCCUUCUAACUGCUAGUUGGGACAAGAAAAUUCGUCUUUACGAUGUAAGCUCUGAUGAAUUGCGGCAAGAGUGGCUUGACAAAGCGCCAGUGUUGGACAUUUGCUUCUCCGACGGGGAUCACGGGUUUAGUGUCGGGUUGGAUCGUAAGCUCAAGAGCAUGGAUUUAAAUGCGCCUGGUCAGAGCGUCAUUGGGAGCCACGAGGACGCCAUUCGUUGCGUGGAAUAUGCAAAGCGGACUGGCCAGAUCAUAACGGGCAGUUGGGACAAACAUGUCGGUGUCUGGGAUCCCCGCACAAAUGCGUCCUUGGGGAAAUAUGCGCAACCGGCCAAGGUUUUCUCUCUUGAUGUUGUGGAUUACACCCUCGUUGUGGCUAUGGCUGGAAGGAGCGUAUGCAUUUACGACAUUCGGAACAUGAAAGAGUCGCUACAGUGCCGGGAAAGUGCUCUGAAGUUCAUGACAAGAGCAGUCCGCUGUCUGCCUAAUGGUGAAGGUUUUGCAAGUGGAUCAAUCGAAGGUCGGAUUGCGGUCGAGGUGUUUGAACCAGCAAGUCAGCUCAAGAAGUACGCGUUCAAGUGCCAUCGUCAGACCGUUGAUGGGGUAGAUUAUGUAUAUGCAGUGAAUGCUCUGGCCUUUCAUCCUAGUUUCGGUACGUUUGCGUCUGGAGGAUCAGAUGGCGUUGUAAAUGUGUGGGAUGGAUAUAACAAAAAACGGUUGCGACAAUAUCCGCGGUAUCCAACCAGUAUAUCGUCGCUUUCGUUCAAUUGCGAUGGUAGUUUGCUUGCGGUUGCUUCCAGCUAUACCUACGAUGAAGGAGAAAAAGAUCAUCCGCCAGACAGUAUCUUCAUCAGGAGCCUUGGGGAACAAGAAUGUAAACCCAAAAGUAUGCCUGCUGCGUGAGCAGCAAUCGCUUUUGGUCAAAUAUGAAGAGGAAUUCUAUUAUAAGGGGAAUUCUCGGGCUGGCAAGGGAAGGCUGUCAGCAUCCGCUCAAAUACUUAAUGAUAAAUUCCGUUGUAUAUGAUGGGCAAAGAUGGGGGAAUGGGAAUGUAAUCAUCUAUCCUCUUGGUUUAUGUACAUUGAAGUUGUGUAGGCCGGUUAUAUACAGAAGUCCAUAAUCUACCAUUGUAGCCGC